AUGGAAAGAUUAGAUAAGAUAAAUUGGCAGCACGAACUUUUUACAAAUUUUCCUACCUAUAAAAAGUAUGAUGAAUUUGAUAAGGUUAACAUUAUAAAUUAUGACCAUGAUUACUGUAAGAAGUUAGAAAACUUUUCCGAGGAUGAGAAAUUUUUUUGCAAACAGAUCACAAAACAUUUAGAAGAAUUAUCAGCUAAACAGAAUAGAGAACUUAAAAAUGACUGUUUUUACUUUACAUACUGGUUCUAUGAUAAGAUAGGGAAAAAAUACUAUAAGGAUAAUAAAAUAAAAAAUAAAAAUGUCAGUGAUCAACUUUUUAAUAUAGUAGCAUUGUUAAUCAAAAGAUAUCCUAACUUGGAGCCAUGUCGAUGCUACGAAUCAGGUAAUCCGGAAAAAUGGAAUGAAGAAAAAGUUAUGCACGACUAUUUUGAAAAUUACCAAUUUAUUAAAAGUAAUAAAUGUGAUAAAAGUAAUUGUGAAAUAUAUUUGAGAUAUCUGACUUACAUUAAUAAGAUUUAUGAUAUAUUUUACUACAAGGAUUUUGGUUGUUGUGACUAUGACAUUAUGCCAUCCUAUUGUGAACCAUAUUUUAAUUGUGAUGAUAAAUAUGAUCCAAGUGAUCUUUUGAAAACUAUAAAGUCUUUAUAUGAGAAAUUGAGUGAAGACGAAGUUAAUGCAGUGAUAAAUGAUGGAAGCUCAAGUGUUGAGGAAAAUGGGCUUCCUCAUAAUAAAUAUAGUACUCGACAUAUGUCUAAUGAAGUCGCACAGAUUUCUUCAUCUAUUCCAAUUAAUGUGCCAAAUGAAAUAGUACAAAAUCGCUUCAGUAAAUUAGAAACACAUCACGAUAUAUUAAAUUCAUUCUAUAUUAAUCGUUUUAUGAUAAUUACUUCAAUAUUGGGGACAAUUAUAUUCUUAUACCUAUACUAUAGUUUCAUAUUUACAAAACAUUAUACUCGGCUCUUUUAUAUAUAUCAGUCUACCUCCGAAGGAUCUACGUUAGAUAAAAUAGAAAUGAAGAUGAGAAAAUUAAAUAAAAGUCAAAAUGAGAUAUAUGAAGGUAAAUUAGAAUCAUAUAAUUCAGAAUCUGAAGUAGAAGAUUACAACGCAGAAAAAUUAUAUUUCUCAUAUCACUCCACGAAAAACAAUUUUCUGUAA